CAGCUCCAACAGCCUCACUGGUUCCAUCCCCAACACUCUGUCCUCCACAUCCCUCCAGGUGAUUGAUCUUGGGAACAACAAGCUCAGCGGAGAUAUCCCUGAAAGCCUUGGGAUGCUCCGCAAUCUCUCGGUUCUACGCCUAGCUCGUAACAGCUUGACGGGCCGCAUUCCACUUUCACUUGGAAGCAGCAGCUCUAUCUCCCUUGUUUCUGUCAUCCUCGCAAACAAUUCCCUCACAGGACCCAUUCCGUCGGCCCUUGCUGACAGUUCAUCUCUUCAGGUGUUAAACUUGGUAAGAAACAACCUCGACGGAGAGAUACCUCCUGCCCUUUUCAACAGCACAUCGCUUCAAAGAUUAGCCCUUGGAUGGAACAACUUUUCCGGGUCCAUACCCGCGGUCGUUCCAAAUUUCAAUUCACCCUUGCAAGCUCUUAUAUUGUCGGUGAAUAGUCUUGCAGGCACCAUACCGUCGACUCUGGGUAAUUUUUCUUCCCUUCGGAUCCUUCUGCUUGCGGCCAACAGUUUCAAAGGCAGUAUCCCAGUGAGUAUAGCGAAAAUCCCAAACUUGCAAGAACUAGAUAUUUCUUACAACCUUCUGUCGGGCACACUCCCAGCCCCCAUAUUCAACAUGUCCUCAAUCACCUACCUUAGUUUAGCUGUCAACAGUUUUGUUGGGGAACUUCCAUUCGACAUGGGAUAUACACUUCCAAGCAUUCAAACAUUGAUUUUACAACAAAACCAGGUUGGAGGAAAAAUCCCUCCAUCACUAGCCAACGCAACCGAUUUCCUGUCCAUUAACCUAGGGGCUAAUGCAUUCUAUGGCACUAUCCCUUCUUUUGGGUCUCUUUCUAACCUAGAAGAGCUAAUUCUGGCAAGUAAUCAGCUAGAAGCUGGAGACUGGUCAUUUCUCUCCUCGUUGGCAAAUUGCACACAGCUGCAGGUCUUGUCUUUGGGAACCAACAUGAUGCAAGGAAAUCUGCCGAGUUCAGUUGGUAGGCUUGCAACUAGCCUGCGGGCUUUGGUACUGCAUGCAAAUAAGAUGUCUGGUAGCGUACCAGCAGAGAUAGGGAACCUCACAAACCUCUCAUUUCUUAGAAUGGAGCAGAAUCUGUUUGCUGGUGAUCUCCCCGAAGCAAUCGGAAACCUUGUGAACUUGACUUCCGUAGAUUUGUCACGGAACAGACUAUCUGGACAGAUUCCGCGUUCGAUAGGCAAACUCCGUCAACUAACCAAGCUCCUCUUGCAAGAUAACAAUAUCAGUGGACCCAUUCCUAGGGAGCUAGGUGAUUGCCAGAGUUUAAUCACUCUCAACCUUUCGUGCAACGCCUUGAGCGAGAACAUACCAAGAGAGCUCUUCUUUCUUGACUCUUUAUCUGCAGGUUUGGAUUUGUCCCACAACCAGCUUUCUGGACAGAUUCCACAGGAGAUUGGUGGCUUGAUUAAUAUAGGGCCACUGAAUUUUUCUAACAACCGUCUUUCCGGCCGCAUUCCAACUACUCUAGGCGCUUGUGUCCGCUUAGAGUCCCUUCAUCUCGAGGGUAAUUUUCUUGAUGGCCGAAUUCCUCAGUCUUUCGUCAAUUUGGGAGGUAUUUCUGAGAUCGAUCUCUCUCGAAACAACUUGAGUGGUGAAAUUCCAAACUUUUUCCAGUCCUUCAAAUCUCUGAAGGUUCUCAACUUGUCCUUCAACGAUCUUAACGGUCAAAUGCCACAAGGGGGAAUAUUUGAAAAUUCUAGUGAGGUAUUUGUCCAAGGGAAUAGUAUGCUGUGCUCUAGUUCCCCGAUGCUACAACUGCCACUUUGCUCUGCGUCAUCCAGACACAGGCGCACUUGGCGCACUGUAAAGAUAACUGGGAUCAGUGUGGCGGCUAUUGCUUUGGUCUGUUUGUCAUGUGCAGUAUUUAUUCUCUUGAAGAGGAGGAGUAAGAGAUCUAAACAUUCAGAUCAUCCAUCGUACACAGAGAUGAAGAGCUUCUCAUAUGCUGAUUUGGUCAAAGCGACAAAUGGUUUCUCUCGAGACAACUUGGUUGGCUCAGGGGCAUAUGGAUCAGUAUACAAGGGUGUAGUUGAGUCUGAAACAAAUGGAAUGGUUGUUGUAAAAGUUUUCAAGCUUGAUCAACUUGGAGCACCAAAAAGCUUUGUUGCCGAGUGUGAGGCCUUCAGAAACACUCGUCAUCAUAAUCUCGUAAGGGUGAUUUCUGCCUGCUCAACAUGGGACAACAAAGGGAAUGAUUUCAAGGCUCUUGUUAUUGAAUACAUGGCUAACGGUACCCUAGAGAGCUGGAUUUAUUCAGAAACGAGAAGACCGUUGAGUUUGGGCUCCAGAGUAACAAUCGCAGUGGACAUAGCUGCUGCACUAGAUUAUUUACAUAACAGUUGUGUGCCCCCUAUAGUCCACUGUGAUUUGAAGCCUAGCAAUGUGCUGUUAGAUGAUGACAUGGAUGCCCGUCUCAGUGACUUUGGGUUAGCUAAGUUCCUUCAAAGUCAUAACUGUUCAAGUACUACUUCUACGAGCUUAGCAGGGCCAAGAGGAUCAAUUGGAUACAUUGCACCAGAGUACGGCAUCGGGAACAAGAUCUCAACAGCGGGCGAUGUCUAUAGCUAUGGAAUUAUCAUCCUAGAAAUGCUCACGGGGAAACGCCCAACAGAUGUGUUGUUCAAGAAUGGCCUGAGCCUUCAGAAAUUUGUGGGAAAUGCAUUCCCCGAAAAGAUCCGUGAGAUACUUGAUCCUAAUAUCAUCGGAGACGAAGUUGCGGACCAUGGAAACCAUGCAAUGGUGGGGAUGCUGAGCUGCAUUAUGCAGCUUGUUCAGGUUGGUCUCUCGUGCUCCAAGGAGACACCAAGAGAUCGACCGACAAUGCCGGACGUUUAUGCAGAAGUGUCCACAAUCAAACGAGAAUAUUCAGCGUUGCGCGUCAAGCAAUAGGGCACUUUUGUUUGUUUGUUUGUGUGUAUUACGCGUCAAGGAAUAGAACCCUUUUGUUUGUUCGUUUGUAUGUUACAAGUGAGUUGUAGUCUACGCUUGUGUUGGGGUUCUUCAAAAUUUUGUUCUACUGCUAAUAUUCCAUCAAAAGGAAUAC